UAUAGUUUCGUAGCACACCAUAUAAGUUUGUACCAUGCAUUUUCUAUGUGUUUUCUCUGGCAUCGCCCGGUGAAUGGUUGUUUUCAUUCAGUCACCUGUCUGUCUUCGCGGAGACCGCUCGCAAAGAAUCGCGUGUGAUGUGACCGUUAUUUCGUGUUUUUUGAUGAAGUAUGUUAAUUUUUGCUGGUUGUUUGCUUAUUCGAUAACUCAAAAAUUUAUGAGUGUUGACGUCGUAGUGAUAACGUGUGACAAGCGGUAAACAAAAAGGACCAUAAUAUCUUUAAACAAAGCUUAUAAAAAACAAGGAAUAACGGUCGAUGCUAAAGUGCCUCGUAGACUUAACGGAGUGUGAACAAAAACAAAUAGAUAUUAAAAUGUGAUAGAACAGUGAACAGUGAAAUACAACAAAAUGUGCAGCAAGGAUCAGAUAACACACAUCCUUGGGAAGAUCAAUGUGGGUCUUCCAUCUUGGUCUCGCGGUCUGGAGGCGGCGGAGGCAGCGCGCGCGCGGCUCGUGCGCUGGGCGUGCGGCGAGCCGACGCCAGACCCUGACCCGCCGCGGAAGAAGAUGCCGCACGCCCUACGACGCAGGUGGCCUAUGUGCCCCUGUCUACAGAAUGAUGAACCACCAGAGAUUACAUAUUGCGUGGUGGGCGGGGAGGGCGGCCUGGCACUGCAGGCGGUCACGCCCACGCACCCCAUGCCCUCACAGGACGAGCUGGACGCCAAGUUCGCUGAACUUGUAGAGGAACUAGACCUAACAGCAGUGAACAAGGCGUUGAUGAUGGAGCUUCCAGCCGCCAAAAAGUGGCAGAUAUACUGCAGUCGCCGCCCGCCCCCGGGACAACCUUCCGCCCUAGCGACGGCGCCCCAAGUUGAGGAAUACAUCAAGGCACUUAAUGAGAUAGCCGAUGCCUUUGCAUCAUCAGAAAGUGGUUCACCAACUGACGCCUGUGCACUAGUCGAUGGUCUGAAAACUGCCUUACGCACAAGAGCCCAUAGCUUUGUCCUCCGAUUCAUCAAGCAAGGAGGUCUCACCUCACUCCUUGAAGCCUUGCAGAAAGCGCCUCGAGAUGCUGCAAUGACGAGGCAUAAUCUUAUCGCUGGGAUUAAGGCGCUCAUGAAUAAUUCUACUGGCCGUGCACACGUCUUGGCCCAUCCGACCAGUAUCGACUUAAUAGCUCAAUCGCUGGACACAGAAAAUGUUAAAACGAAAGUGGCAGCCCUUGAAAUCCUUGGCGCAGUUUGUCUUGUACCGGGAGGACAUAAGAAGGUACUUGAAGCAAUGAUCCAUUAUCAAAAAUACGCGGGUGAAAGGGCUAGAUUUCAAGGCAUCGUGAAUGAGCUAGACCGUAGUACGGGUGCCUACCGGGACGACUUGGGUCUUAAAACGGCCAUCAUGUCCUUUGUGAAUGCCGUACUGAAUUAUGGCCCUGGAGAGGAAAGCCUGGAGUUCAGACUACAUUUGCGGUACGAGCUGCUUAUGUUGGGAAUACAACCAGUCAUUGAGAAAUUGCGUAAAUAUGAGAAUGAGACCCUCGACCGUCAUAUCGAAUUCUUCGAGAUGGUCCGGACGGAGGACGAGAGGGAGUUAUCUCGACGCUACGACAAGCAGCACGUCGACACGAAGAGUGCGACGGAAAUGUUCGACUUGUUGCGAAAUAAGUUGAGCCAUACCGCCGCGUACCCGCAUCUAUUGUCUAUGCUCAGGCACAUGUUGUUGCUGCCAUUGGAGUACAACCCUCACGCUCAACACUGGUUGCUGGUGGACCGAGUGGUACAGCAGGUGGUGCUUCAGCAGCCAUCCGCUGGCAGCCGAGCAAGCAGCCACCAGGGAGACCACCCUGAAGAAAACCCCAAGCACUAUGACCCAGAUGUAGCUCCGUUGGAAAUAAAUGUUGCCGAAAUCGUACAUUUGCUCGCGAAAGAAGAGGAACUCGUUGCUGCUCGGACCAAAGCCGAAAAUCUGGAAAAGGAAAAUGUCGACCUGGCAACAGAACUGGCUAAGAAGGAGAAGCAAGUGGACCAGCAGAGCCAGGAGCGAGAAGAGCUAGAAGGUGUGGUCGGCCGCCUCAAAGACCGCCUCGAGAGGGAAACAGCAGCCCACAUGGAGUGUACUGAAAGGGCCCGAGCCAGUGCUUGUAGGGCUCAUCAGUUGGAACAGCAGUUGAACCAAGAGAGAACGGAACGUGCCAGAUUUGAAAAACUAGUCAGCGAAGGAAGCAUACCUGAUGAUGCUAAGGUCAGCAACCUCAAAAGUGCAGUGAUCACUUGCUCAAUCCCACCUCCUCCCCCACCCCCAAUAAUUUCCAUUCCCCCACCUUCCGCACCCGCCCCGCCGCCUGCUCCCCUUGCCCCCAUGGCCCCGGCCGCUCCGAGGCCCAAGAAGAAUGUACCAACACCAGGAAAUCCCUUGAAGAGCUUCAACUGGAGCAAACUUCCCGAUACGAAGUUACACGGAACGAUUUGGCAGGAGUUGGACGAUACGAAGUUGUACAACGCGAUUGAUUUGCACGCCAUUGACAAGAUGUUCUGCGCUUAUCAGAAGAAUGGAGUACAGAACGAGGGCUCUGUCGAAGAUCUAAGACAACUGGGUUCAAAACCGAGAACGAAGAUUUUGUCAGUGAUAGAUGGAAGACGGGCUCAGAACUGCACCAUACUGCUGUCCAAACUGAAGAUGUCCGAUGAAGAAAUAUGCAGAGCAAUCCUCCGAAUGGACAGUUCAGAACAGUUACCCAUCGAUAUGGUUGAGCAGUUAUUGAAGUUCACGCCCAGUGCUGAAGAAGCCGCCUUGCUGGAGGAGCACCAGGACGAACUGGACAGCAUGGCGAGAGCUGAUCGGUUUCUUUAUGAGAUUUCCAAAAUCCCUCAUUACCACCAACGCGUCCGAACAUUACUAUUCAAGAAGAAGUUCUCGGCUGCGGUGGCCGAGGCCAGCGCCCGCGCAUCUGUUGUUCUUCGUGCUGCUAGGGAUCUGACUCGUUCUAGAAGACUUAGGACUCUUUUGGAAAUCGUUUUAGCUUUGGGAAAUUAUAUGAACCGCGGUGCUCGUGGCAAUGCAUCCGGUUUCCGGUUGUCUUCUCUGAACAAGUUAGCUGAUACCAAGUCCAGUGUGACGAGAAACACCACGCUCCUUCACUACCUUGUCGAAAUGCUGGAGACACAGUUCAAAGAUGUUCUCCUCCUCGAAGAAGACUUACCCCAUGUAAGAGCAGCAGCCAAAGUCUGCAUCGAGCAGUUGGAGAAGGAUGUCAGUGCUCUAAGGACAGGUCUUCGCGAAGUUUCCCGUGAAUUGGAGUACCACGCCUCGUUGCCUGCGCCUGCGCAGUCCCACGACGCCUUUUUGUCUGUCAUGAGGGACUUCCACGCGCACGCUGUAUGCUCGUUUACACAACUUGAGGAUCUUUUCCAGGACAUGAAGAGCCGUUUAGAAUCGUGUGCGCACGCGUUCGGCGAAGAGCCAUCAGCGUCGCCCGAAUUGUUGUUCGGAGCUUUGGACAGCUUUCUAACACAGCUGGUGGAAGCAAGGGCUGAAUGUGAUGCUACCAGGAGGAGACGGGAUGAAGAGGAGAGGAGAACUCGACAUGAACAGGAGCUUAAAAAACGUACAAUGGAGCGUAAACAGAGCUCAAGCCUACUCGGUUCUGUCGGCAAAUCUCUCGGUAAGGACUGCAACGGACACGCGAACGGCGACACCUCACGUGAUGGAACCCUCACAAAUGGCCAAAAGGGUGAGUUCGAUGACCUCAUCUCAGCUUUGAGGACCGGUGACGUAUUCGGAGAUGACGUAGCGAAGUUCAAAAGGUCCAGGAAGACCUCCAAAGCUAGUCACAAAGGACGGGACUCCCCACCUAGAGGCAUUUGUAGGGAAGACUCGAGAGAACGGCAAAAACGCUAAGACUGUAUUGCAUUAUUCUGGAAUGUAUUAUCGAACGUAUUCUGUAUUGAUUUACCACAUAUCGUAUAGAUCUUGACUAAGGCAGUCUUAUAAUUUGCCAUAGAUCUGCAUUGUAAAUCGAAGUAUUACAAUAUUUGUAAUUGUUUUAACACACUCUGUAUUGUAUUAUUCUGGAAUGUAUUAUGGAAGUAUUCUGUAUUGUAUUAUCGCAUAUCGUAUGGGAGUUCCCUAAGACAGUCUUACUUUGAGAGUGAUCUGCAUUGUAAAACCAAGUAUUGCAAUAUUCGGAAUUGUUUCAACACAUUCUGUAUUGUAUUAGUAAUUGACUAAGAUGGUUGGAAUUGAAUAAAUGCAUGUUUUGUAUAUAUAAAGGUGAAUUAAUGCCGAUUAGACUGAUUUAAAUGGUGACCAAAAGGCGGCCUAUUAACAGCAUUAUGACAGAUACAUCAAAGGCUGUUCAUUAAUUUGACGUAAAAUUACACCAGUGACGUAAUAUAUAUUCCGAUUAUAAUAUAUGUAAGGAAAGUUUUGAUCGUACAGUUUAGGAAUUUUGUAAUGGAUUUGAAUUUACCUUUUGGGAGCAGUGUAAUCUUAUACAAGUGAUAUAUUAGAUUAAUCUUUUGUUUGUGUUGGCGGAAUUUUUAAUCGUCACGAAAUAUUUAAAUUGAUGAUUGGAAACUUCGUUAUCAGUGCCAAUAUUUCAAUUGGGAGAUUGAUUAAUUUUCGUGGUUACAUCAACCAAAACCAGACCGUUUUAUACGUUUUUAUAAAUUUUCAUACUGACUGAACAAUUAUUAAGACUGUAUUUAUUCCAUUGAUUCAUUUUGCUCAUUAACACAGAAAAAGUUUUUAUAUAGAAUUUUUUAAAUUGGUAUUUGCUCAUGUUGACUUUGCAUAACAUAGACUAUAGAGAAGAGUUUUAUUGACAAGUGACAUAGGGAUCGAAUAAUAACCAUAGAGCUUUGAAGUAAAUAAGUAACUUGAGGUAAUAAAGAUGCCGUUUUAAUUAAUAUCAAAAGUGUCUAUGUGUUGUUGAUCUGUAAGUUUGACAAAGAUUUUAACGCUAGUACUAAAAGAUAUUACAUUCAAUAGUUCACUUUUGGCACCGUACUACCAACAGCUCUGAUGUAAAAGAUUAAUUCAAAUAAAUAAUUCUGUAUCUCUCUCUAUACCAAGAGUAUCUCUAAUAAACGACAUCCAAAAUCGAAGAAGGAAUCAUAUGUAUUUAUCACAUAUAGGCAUGAGUUUUCUCAAACUUACAGAGUGUCCUCUUUCAACCUGUCAAUGUCAGUGAUACAUUCUACUAUCUAUGCUUGUUGAUUCAUCGAAUGUAACACGCAUAAACCCAUAAAGGUUUUAUGUAAUUGAUUAAUAAAAAUAGAACAAUUGCUAGUCUAGGCUGUAGAUUAAUCAUUGUUUCUUAUAUUGAGUGUUAUUGACAAUAGAAAUUGGAAUAUCUUUAUUAAAAUGGCCAAUCACGGAGAGAUGAUGAUGACUUGGGAUUUAUUUUCGUGUGAAUUAUGAAGGUUUAGAAUAAAAUCCUUCGCCUAAUGGUGGCAUAAUUUUGAUUAUUAACUUCGAAGUUUUUGAUAUAAUUAUACAAUAUUUUUAAUCUUACGUAAUGAGAUUAAUAGUGAUUCAGUUUAGUUUUUAAUGUAAAUAUUAAUUAAUAAUCUGUUACCGUGACAUGGAAAUCAAUUAUUUAUUAAAAUAACUAUAGUUUUGUCAUGUAAAUGUUUAUUAUUUUGUUCAGUAUUGCUU